UAUAUAUGUGUGUGUUGUUUAAAUCUUUCAUUCUCUCUAACUGGCAGAGAAGCGGUUAUGGUGAUGGGGGGACACAAGACCAAGAAGAAGUCGUCUGUAACACUUCAUCUCCACCAUCACUGACUCCUUUAAUCAAUUUGGACGAGGAUGAGAUCCCAGAAGAAGGUUUAGAUGGUCCCUUUCAUGUAGAAAAAGUGGAGAAUGUGGCAGCAUUUGUGUUGGCCAAAACAAAAGGUGGGAUCUACUAGAAUUCUUCAAUCAAUUUUUUGCUUCAUAUUAGCUUUAACUGGUACAUAAUAUGGAAAGCAGUUCUCUUGCACUGUAUGUAUUUAUGCAAGCUUGAAUUAUGCUUAAUGUAUCACAGAAUGGUGGAAUGGCUUUUCAGUUCUUUAUUCUUUGAAAAGUUUUGAGUGUAGACCUUAGGAAUCAUAUACAAUAAUACAAGUUUGACCCUAAUUCAUUCUACCAAAAUGGAACAUUGAAUCACUCAGGUAUCUUAUAAUUUACUUUGUGUUUGGUUUUCAAAGUGGACACGGCUACUGGGGAAAACACUUCUUGAGUUUCAUCCACCAAAGGAGAAGUUCUUCCAGAACACAAAGAUGUGAUGUGGCAUGAAAGAAGUAUGACAAGAAGACAGCACAGAUCAAAAGAAGGUGAAGCUGAGAUUGAUAUUUCUCUUGCAAAGAGACGAGUCCAAGCUUCUGAUAGUGGAAUUAUUACAUUACCCCAUAUUCUGUGCAGGUUGUCUUACUAAAGAUGUUGCAAUGCAAUAAGGACAGUCCAAAGUAUGUGGAAAUCUCAACUUCUGAUGGCUUCCAAGGUCAAGAGAAAGAAGCCACUAUUAUUUCCAUUUUUUGGUCAAACUAUGCCAAAGAGGUAGUCUAAGCUACCGUUCUAACUCUUUUUUCCUUUGGUAGAGCUCUAAAUUGGAAAUAAAACUGUAUCAUUUUGAAUAUGUUUAGUUGGGGUUUUCAAGUGAUCAUGGAUGAAUAUGAAUGGGGCUGAAACACAAGCAAGAAGAAAUUGUUGCCCAGUUUGUGACACUGAAACAAUAAGUGAUGGAUUCUUAAAAUGAUUCGUUGAGUACUUGAAAGAGCAUGGGGAGUAUAUAAGUGGCUCAAAAUACAACAUGAACAAGUAAAGAUCGUGAUGGGAU